AUGGCCGAUAUGGAUAUGAUUGUCGACGAUGAGCAGCAAAUUUCGGCAUCAAAGCAGAAGGGCCGUGGAUUGACGGAGAAGCGUCAACGGGAGCGCAUUGUUUACGAAGCGGUGGAGGGAAGUGAGAAUGCUGUGGUGGGACCGGCUCGUUCAAUUGAGGGAUGGAUCGUUUUCGUUACCGGACUACAAGAGGAGGCCACCGAGGAAGAUGUGAACGAGGCGUUCGGUGACUUUGGUGAAAUUCGAAACGUUCAUCUCAAUUUGGAUCGUCGCACUGGUUUCAACAAAGGAUACGCUCUCGUCGAAUAUGAUACACAAAAGGAGGCUCAAGCUGCCAUCGACAAUCUCAACGGAAAAGAAGUGCUCGGACAAACAAUUCAAGUUGAUUGGUGCUUCGUGACACCAAUGAAAGCAAAGAAA